AUGUAUCUCCACCUUGUAGAGUACGCUCUCUCGACAGUGGACAAGAUCAUCAACUGGGGUCGUGAGGGAUCUAUCUGGCCCAUGACAUUCGGUCUCGCCUGCUGUGCUGUCGAGAUGAUGCACAUGGCUGCCGGACGUUACGAUCAGGAUCGUCUCGGAAUCGUCUUCCGUGCCUCGCCCCGUCAGUCCGAUGUUAUGAUCGUUGCCGGAACUUUGACCAAUAAGAUGGCACCUGCUCUCCGUAAGGUCUAUGAUCAGAUGCCCGAGCCACGCUGGGUGAUCUCCAUGGGAUCUUGCGCUAACGGAGGAGGAUACUACCAUUACUCGUACUCUGUUGUUCGUGGAUGCGACCGCAUUGUCCCCGUCGAUAUCUAUGUUCCUGGAUGCCCACCAACUUCUGAGGCUCUAUUGUACGGUGUGCUUCAGCUGCAGAAGAAGAUGCGCAGGAGCCGCGUUACGACCAUGUGGUACAGAAAGUAG